AUGUCACCUCCUUUCCAAAUCAAUGAUUGGCGUCAAGCAGCAGCCGAUGCCCGGCGUACUCUUGAGGCUUCCAUUCCCGAAGCGUGGCGUCUACCAUCGGAUCUGAAGAUAGUGGCGGAAGAGGGAAAGCUUCCUCCUGAAGAUCCAAGAGUCCUUCGUUGUGGCAUACUUGAUGCCCUCGAUCUGGAGAUAACGUCCAUUCGAGAUGUCGAGCAACUGCGGUCAUCGUUUGCAAGCGGGAAGUAUACUGCCGUACAGGUGGCUACUGCUUUUUGCAAGAGGGCAGCAAUCGCACAUCAAUGCACUUCAUGCCUUACCUGCUUCUUUCCCGAGCAGGCGAUACAGCGGGCUCGAGACUUGGAUGCGCACCGUGAACAACAUGGAACAGUUACAGGUCCCAUGCACGGUAUCCCAGUCUCACUCAAAGACAUGUUUGAUAUUGCUGGACAACCAACGACUCUCGGACUGGUUUCUUGGCUUCCAAACAUUGCCUCGAAGAAUUCUGACGUCGCCGACGCUAUACUGGCAGCUGGCGGGAUUCUAUAUGCCAAGACAGGUUGUUCACAAGCUUGCCUUAUGGUUGAGAGUAUCAACAACAUUUUUGGAGCCAUUCGAAAUCCCUACAACUUGAGUUUGAGUGUAGGGGGCUCCACCGGAGGUGAAGGUGCUUUGAUCGCAUCUAAAGGCAGUAUAAUCGGCUCCGGGACCGACGGAGGAGGAAGUCUUCGCUUUCCGGCCAUGUUCUGCGGCUUGUGGGCAUUGAAAUGCUCCAAAGGGCGGUUGUCAUGUCGAGGACUUGGGUUAAUGAUUGAUGGCAAUGAAUCGGUCAAUGCUGGCCUUGGACCACUUGCAAAAACUGUCUCUGGCCUGGAGUGGUGGAUGCGGAUACAGUUGGCAACAGAACCAUGGAAGGUCGAUCCUGGGUGUGUCCCGAUGGCCUGGGGAAUACAAGAAGCACAUCUCCCGACUUCAAAAUUGGUGAUUGCCGUGCUUCGGGAUGAUGGCGUGGUCGCACCGACCAAGCCUGUACGGAGAGCUUUGGAACAGGUUGCCUCUGCACUAGUGGCUGGUGGCCACAGGGUUGUAGAGCUGCCCGCCGAGAAACUGAAGACUUUGCAUCGACGGGGAACAGCAUGUGUGAUGAAAUCCAACGUGCAGAACGGUGGUCGAGGAGUCAUGAAGCAUAUUCAGGCUUCAGGGGAGCCAGUUGUUCCGCGCACAGCUACCGGGUCGUCGGACUCGUUGUUGACGACUGAGGAGGUUUUCGCAAACCAUAUUGAGAGGGGACAGAUUGCUUACGAGUAUGCAACUCUUUGGCAAGAGUAUGGAAUGGAUGCCAUCUUGACUCCCGCCGUCGCACAUCCAGCUCCGCCACAUGGAAAGUACAUCAGCAAUUCAUAUGCUACUAUAUAUAACAUGUUGGACUACACGACCGGAAGUAUUCCUGUAACCACAGUCAGCAGGGACGAUUCGCCAGAGAGAGAGUGGCUAGACCAAACUCCGUAUCCACGCGUCGAACCUGUGAGGUUCCCUUAUGACUUAGGGGACAACGAGAUGAAGGAAUUGUUUACUAGCGCAGAGGUGUUCGAGAAUGCACCCGUUGGCGUGCAGAUCGUUUGUCAACGACUGCGAGAGGAAAAGUGCAUUGGAGUGAUGAAGGAGAUCGAGCGACUUUUAGAAUUUUCCAGUUGA